UGCGACAAUUUUUGGCGCGAAAUUUGGCUUUCCUUCUUCUUGCGCUCCUUUCGACUCGGUCUCUCCGUUUGUCCCCCCUGUUCUUCACUCUGCAGCAAUGUUAGAUAUCUUAAACCGUCUUGAAGAAAUUAAUACCCUGAUAUGUUCUGGAGUUAAAGCGAAUAAAUCACUUGCCUACUCCACUCUUCUACAAAUCCAACAGUUUUCUACUACAAGCCAUACUUCAAUCGAUGCCCUAGCGAAAUUUUCUCGGGAUUCGAUUCGGCGUAUCGUCUCCGACACUCAAGACGAAGACGAGGAAAUCGCCGCACAGGCAUUGAAGUGUUUAGGAUUCAUAAUUUAUCAUCCAUCGAUCAUUGCUGCUAUUCCGGCGAAAGAAGCCAGCUUUAUCCUUGAGUCAUUGGCAGAACUAAUCAUUAGAACUAAACUGAAGUCAGUUUGUAACUUAGGAGUCUGGUGCAUAUCAAUUCAACAGCUCGAUGCAGACUUUCUUGCUUUGCACUUCCAUUCUUUGCUGUUGGCUGUUACUCACGCCCUUGACAAUCCCAAUGGGUCUUUGUCGACCACUUUUGAGGCUAUCCAGGCUAUUACAAAGCUGGCAGAUAAAUUAAGUGAUAAAAUGAGAGAGUCAUCCAAUAUAUGGGCUCCUCCAGUAUACAGAAGACUUCUUAGCUUCGAUAAAAGAGAGAGGGAUAUGUCAGAGAGAUGUUUGUUGAAGAUCAGGUCCACAAUAUUACCUCCUCCGCUAGUUUUGUCCAAGGCGCUUGUGAAAGAUAUGAAGGAAUCGUUGCUUAAUGGAAUGGAUAAGUUAUUAAAUCUCGGAAUGAAGGUUCAGACUAUUGCAGCUUGGGGAUGGUUCAUCCGGAUACUAGGAUCUCAUUCCAUGAAGAACAGAAAUUUAGUAAAUAAAAUGCUUAAAAUUCCAGAGAGGACAUUUUCAGAUCACGACCCUCAAGUUCAGAUUGCCUCACAGGUUGCAUGGGAAGGCUUAAUUGAUGCUCUUGUUCACAGUCCAACUCUCCGGUGUGAGAUUAAUGUGGUCAAGGGAGAGGAAAAUAAUCAAACGGUGCAAAUAUUAAAUGGGAAUGAUUGUGAAAUCCAAGCAAAUGGGGUUUCAAAAAGUAUAAAGCUGAUCAUGGUGCCUUUGGUCGGUGUCAUACAGAGUAAAUGUGACAUAUCUGUUCGCUUAUCAUGUUUGAACACAUGGCAUUUUCUGCUCUAUAAACUUGACUCAUUUGUUAACAGUCCAUGCAUGAUAAAACUGGUAUUAGAGCCUAUUCUCGAGGCAAUUUUCCGGCUUAUUCCAGAUAAUGAAAAUAUCAGGUUGUGGAGUAUGUGCUUAAGUUUGUUGGAUGAUUUUCUGUUGGCAAAGUGUUCACACAUGGAUAAUGAUUUAACUGUCCCGUUAUGCUACAAAUCAGAAGCGACACUGUCCGAGAUUGAAUACCAAGAAGCUGGUAAAAGGUUUUGGAAGCAGUUUCCUAUAAGGUGGUUGCCAUGGAAUCUAAAUCAGCUGGCCUUUCAUUUAAAGAUGAUUUGUGUUAUCUCAACUUCAGCAUCAAUGGAGACCUUCAGCAAUGAGAAUAGGACUUUCGCAUAUGAUACUUGCCAAAGGUUAUUUAAAUCUGUCUUAAAAGGAGUCCAAUUAGAGCUCAAAAAGCCGUCUGCGAAUUAUGAUGAUGUUAUGCUUGGUUUGAGGGAAAUUUUAAGAUUUUUAAGAUAUCUGUCUGAUAAUCUAAGUGGCGAUGGCUAUAUUCACCAUCAUUUACAUUAUGCUAUCCUCCACUUUAUUCGGGAUGUCACCAAGGAGUUAGAACCUGCUAUACUAGGAUCCCCUCUUUAUGAGGUUGAAUUAGACUUCAAGGAAAUGGAUGGAGUCCAAUCAGUCAAUCACAUCAGCUAUGCACAAGUUCUUGGUGUACCGUCUAUAUCUUACAUGGAUAAGCUUGACAGUUCCACGAGUAUCUGUUUCAAUGAGGAUUUGGCUUCUAUGUUAAGCAGAUGCCUCAAUGAUCAAAGCAUGCCUGGGUGUGGGAGUGAAUCUUGUUCAAGUUGUGAAGGUUUUAGUGCUGAUUUUCUCUCGAUAUUUGUUGACAUUGUCAUAAACAUCUUGAAAGGGCUUCAAAGUUCCGAAAUAAGAUCAGGUAGAAUUACGAGAGAAGACAGUAACUGUGAAAAAUCCUGCUUCAACAGUCCUAGCUUGAGAUUGGCCGCCAGAUUUAUUGAACUAUUACAGAUAAAGCGAGGAAAAAAUUCAUCACAUUGGCUUUCCAGAGUAUUUUCAGCAUUGGCUCAAUUCGUCAGCUGCCUUCACUUGAAACAAGAUAUAUUUGAGUUCGUAGAGAUGAUAUCCUCGCCAUUGCUUUUGUGGUUGACCAAAAUGGAGACAUUGGAAGAAGGCAUUAACAGCCAGCUUCAAAUCCUGUGGGCUGAAAUCAUUAGUCAUUUGCAAAGGGGCCGUCCUUCAUUAGUCUUCGACUCUGCCUUUCUGAAGCUUUUGGCACCUCUACUCGAAAAAACUCUUGACCACCAAAAUCCCUCAAUUUCAGAGCCAACCAUUUCUUUCUGGAAUUCCUCAUUCGGUGAACAUUUAGUUGCACGCUACCCACAAAACCUGCUUCCUAUACUGCACAAGCUAUCAAGAAAUGGAAGAAUAAAACUCCAGAAGAGAUGCUUGUGGGUGGUUCCACAAUGCCCUGCAAGACAAGAAGAUGCCAACCCUCCCUUCAGCCACAGAGUGAGUGCAACAUCCAUCAGGAGCUCAAAAAGAAUAGAACUAAUGACAACUAAUAAUCAGGACAAGCACAAGGAGGACAUCCCCGCUUCCAAUUCAAAAAGGAAGAUGGAAUUAACUCAGCAUCAGAAGGAAGUAAGACGAGCUCAACAAGGUCGGGCACGGGAUUGCGGUGGACACGGCCCGGGCAUUCGAACUUACACAAGCCUUGAUUUCUCACAAGUAGUUAAUGAUUCUGAGGAGAGCCAGGACACCCAGAAUCUAUAGACUCCAUAAGCUCACACAACUGAGCCAUGUUGUAAAUGUACAGAACAAAAUUAAUUUUUUUAA